AUGGGGCUCGACGGCGGCACCAUCAUCUCGCGCUCGGACAUCCUCCGGGGUCAGUCGUGGGACGUCGCGAACGCGGACGGGGGCGCCUCGACGUCGUCGAGAGGCGGCCAGCUCUCCGCCGGGAAGGUCCACACCGGUCGUCGACGCGUCGAUCCGGCGGAGCGCAGACGCGCCAGGUGGUCGCACUGCGCGCUGUCCGGCGAACCCCUGCGCGAACCGAUCGUGUGCUGCGGCCUCGGCAGGCUGUACAACCGCGAGGCGCUCAUCGAGCACGCGCUGGCCAACGCCGGGACCUUCGUGUCCGAGACGUCGACGUACGCGUACGCAAACAGGACGAACGCGACCGAAGGAGGGAACGUCGCGUCUCACGUGCGAUCGCUGCGGGAUUUCUUCCCGGUCCACCUCAGGGCCGUCGAUGGCGGGCGGAGAGGAGACAGAUCCGGGGAAGGAUCGCACGGGCGGGCGGGGAAGAGAUCCCGAGAAGAAGCGACGCCGGAGUUUGAGUGCCCGGUGUGGGGCGUUCGAUGCGGAGAAGCCGGCGCCGGCGAGUUUGUCGCCAUCCGACCGUGCGGACACGUCGUCAGCGACAGGGCCAGGAGGGACGCGGAGGCGACGGCGGUGGAGGGACGCGGUGAGUCACCGGGCGGUGAGUCACCGCAUUGCCCCGUCUGCGACGUUCGCUUCCAUCGCGACGGCUGCGUCCACGUCAACUCCUUCGACGUUUCAAUCGGCGAGAGGUUGCGCACAGCUGUCGACGCGAGACGCGCGGCGGAGGACGACCGACGGCAUCGGCGGCGUACGAGGAAGGAGAGGGGGAAGUAG